CUGACCAACACAAGGCCAAACACUCCGUUCGACACAAAAUAGUUGCUUUCUUUGGCUAUGCGAGCAUUGUGUUUGUUGGUGGUGUUCGUGAGCAUCAUCUGGCUGGCAGAGCUUUCACCUGUGGUUGGGCCAGAGCCCAUCCGGUGUGCUCCAUGCUCCCAAGAUCAUCUCGGCACCUGUCCCGCGGUGUCCUCUGACUGUCCGGAAGUGCUGAGAGAGCCCGGCUGCGGAUGCUGUUUAGCUUGUGCUCUGAAGAAAGGUGAGUCCUGUGAAGUCUACACAGCACAUUGCGGCACUGGAUUGCGCUGCUUGCCGAGGCCUGAUGACUCACGCCCGCUCCAUGCUCUGACCCGUGGACAAGCCAUCUGUACUGAAUACGACGAGACUAAAGAUGACAAAGAUAUCACACCUGACCAGGGCUCCUUGCAUUAUCUGCUGGGUCUCAACCGACCACUUGAUCCACAGUACGCAGCAGAGGCACAAGAGAGCAUCAAGGCCAAAGUGAAUUCAAUCCUAAAGAAACUGGUCCAACAGGGUCCAUGUCACUCUGAAUUGCAUGUCUCUUUGGACAUCAUUACUGAAUCACAGCAGACAUUAGGCGAGAAGUUCACAACUUUCUACCUCCCUAACUGUGACAAGCUUGGGUUCUACAAGGUCAAACAGUGUGAGACGUCUCUGAUUGGCCAGCUGCCACGCUGUUGGUGUGUGUCUUCCUGGAACGGAAAGAGAAUUCCAGGCACUGAUGAUUUAACGGGAGAUGCCCAAUGUCAUCAAGAGGUCACACACUGAAGAGUAAAGCUUUAACUGAGAAAGGACGUUACCCUUAAGUUGUAUUUGCAUUCCAUAUAUAUAUAUAUAUAUAUAUAUAUGUGUGUGUGUAUAUAUCUAUUUAUUCUUAUAUGUACAUGGGUGUUACAUGGUUUUAAUAUUUAUAAAAUAGCGUUUUCAAACUGAACAACUCUAUUGCUGAACACUGCAUAUCUUCACCUCAGCAAGAUCCAAAUCUAGGUCUUCAAAUAGUUGAAUACAGUGGCGGCUCCUGAAAAAAUUCUCAGGGGGGGCAAUUUUUCUGAUAAUGAUUAAGGUGACCCAUUCAAUGGGUACAUAUUUCCCCUCUAGCUACAUAAGUUACAGGUGGUAAGAAAUUAGCAUCCAGGAGCCAUCAUAAGCAAAAAUGACAUGGCUCCACAAUUAAUUAUUCCACUUAUUCAUUACUUACAUUAAUCCAAUGUUGUGUGAUGUAAAAUAACUAAACAGGACACAUUUUUAAAAAGAUAUGUCCAGCAACAACAAAGACGGGGGCAGCAUAUAAGUCACUACCAGAAGCAUUUAUUGACUGAUCUCAAAAGUAAUCUAAGUUAUCACAGUACAAAUAAUCAAAGGUGUUCUUUCACAUUCCUCAACACUGCAUAAACGAUCUGCAUUUCCAUAAACAAAUAAAAUAUCAGCUUAAAAUACAAGUAGACAAAUUGUUGAGAGAAGUGGAUCUUUAGAACUACAUUUUCUGGAAUGUAGGAUAUCACCAAAUUGCUACUUAAUAAAAGCAAAGUAACUUCUGCCUUCUUGUAUAGAUUUGUGAAAAUGUACAUGAACAGUGAUAGACAUUUUGCCUGAAAGCAGCAUUUGAAAAUAAUUUCUAGAAAGGUAAACGGCUAUUUGUAUGGCUUUGUAAAUAUGAACAACCAUAUUCUGGCCAUUUGUAUAGAUUUGUAAAAAUGAACAUGAACAGAUUUUCUUUAACGUUUUUUUGAAUGAAUGAAAAAUAACUAUUUAAAACAACAUCAACUGUGAACUGAUUUGGUGUGUGUGUGUUAAAGAGACAGACAGGGAGAGAGCGAGAGAGAGAGAGAGAGAGAGGCUACAUUAUUUGUACUGAAACUGUGCUGUUCUCUCUUUCAAUACAGCAAACGGUCAAUUACUUUAUCAUUGAAAUCAGGCAUGUUGAGGACGAGUUCCCUCUUCAUGGAAAACAUGGCCAGUGCAUUCAGACGUUCCUGGCCCAUUGAAUUUUGCAGGAAUGUCUUAACUCGUGUCAAAGUUGAGAAACAUCUCUCGGCUUCAGCUGUUGUCAUGGGAGUAGUUAUGAGGAUGUUCAACAGAGUCACAGUCUCAGAGACUGUCUACUGGAGGUUGUAGCUCAUGAGAACCUGGUACAGUGCACCACAGCAGCCCUUGAAUUCAGGAUUCUCAUAGAUCAGAGAGAGUUCUGUCUUGAGUUUUGCCUUGUUCAGCAUGGGUAUGCGUUCACAGUGGCAUUCAGAGCCUCAUCAGGAAAUUAAUGGCAGUACCUUUCAAACAUAUCUGCUUGCAGUAAGGUAGCACUCACAAGGUGGCCAGUGAAAGAGAACCUUGCUUUGGUGUGAUCCAGGAUGGUGUCGCAGACCUCUUCAGGCAUCCUCUUCUGUCAAAGCCGUUCUGGGACUUUUGGCUCCUGUUGCUACUUGCAGCUGCUGUUGAGAGGAGUCCCUGAAGGCAAACAGACCAAUGUGUUUGUUAGGCUAUGUACAGUACUGUAGUCUAUAUGAUGCACAGGUAUAUGCAAUUAAUCCACGUAUAGUACCAAGAUUUCAGUUCCACUUAAAAUGGGCAGGGAUGCAUAUAGUCUUUAGUGUUUAAGUUAGCCUUUGAGUCUCACCUAGCCUGGAUGUUCAGCACAGUAUAUAAAGUAAGCCAGAUUACACCACUGGCUAUAUAUAAUGAGAAUAAUGUAAUUUCUAACACAAAUGCAGUCUCCUUUCAUGCAUACAUUUUCAAAUGACAGCUCUGCUUUGAGAACGAUAGAAUAUUGUUUAAUCUUACCUUAUGGCCUGCACACUUUGUGAAGCUGUCGAUGGCAUGUUUGAUGAAGACAGCAUCGAUGUCCUUCUUCUGGAGCUUCUGAUACAGAGUAUCGUCGUGGGGCAUGAUUUUGUGAAAAAGCCACAGGAAAAAAAUUAAAUCAGAUCGGACAAGAAAAUAUUAACUUUUUUGCUGCGAGAAGUAACUUGCUGCAUUAUCAAAUUCAGCUGAUGCACAUAGCAAUGCACAUAAUGGGCAUGCUUAAAAUGCUCACGUACCUUUUGCUGCACACCAGCCUUCUCUCCACCAUCACACUGGCUCCAUCGUAAGAUGCGCAAUGAGUUUAACUUGGCAAAAAUACUGUUCAGUCUCUCCAAAAGCACACUGGCAAUUGAGGUUGAUUCUGAGAUGGGAAGAAACUCAAAAAAGUGUUCCUGUAUUUUAUGGUUGCUAUCGAUGUACCUCAGCACAAGCACCAGCUGUGUCUGUGUAGAAACGUCCGUGGUCUCAUCAGCUUGGAAUGGCUACAAAGUUCGCCGACUUCAUCUCCUCAACAAUAUGUUCCCUCACGACCGCUAGCAUACACUCCAGUAGCUCGUUUUGAAUGGUCUUUGAUGUGCCCUUGAAAACUUUAGCAUUUUUAAGAUGCCCAUCAAACACCUCAUCUAACUGUGCCACAAAGUUGACCAGUCCAAGAAAAAUACCAGGGUUGGUGGAGCCCUCAGUUUCAUCUUUGCCUCGCAAAGCACACUCAAGUGGUGCUGUCUGCCGUGCCGCCUUCAGGGUGAAAAAGGGAGGGGUAGCAGAAGACUGCAUUGGCUACGUCGCAGCCUGCUAGCCAGGUUUUUCGUUCGUACCCAUUUUUGGAAAAUCCUCGGGUGUAGGACUUUUUCCCCCUUUAGUAGAAACCUGUUGAUUGAAUACAUUUGGUCUGGGAGGUCCUAAUUGUUUUGUUAUCGUUAUCUUGAUUCGUUCGCAGACUAAAAGGAACUUCUUUCAAAGAGACAAUCGAGUUGCACUGAACGCUAGCCAUCUUGACAGUAGUACGUGAAUUGAUUGACGCUGCUACCCGCUCUUUUCUUAGAUACGCUCAUGGUUACAUUAUGUAUGACGAAAGCGCUUAAUUGCAAGCCCUCCCGGAACCCAUAGUCAAUAAUGCUGCCUCAAUCUUUGAUGGGAACGAGCGUUCUGAUUCAGUAUAUAUAUCAAGAUAAUCCUGUAAGAACCUUAUCUAUAAUCUACAUUAUAUAUUUUAUUGGUUGUGAUUUGUAAGUUUCAUUUUAAUGGUCUUUUAUUUUAUUUCACUUUGUUUUAAGCAAAUGUCUUCCUCUUCAAGUUUUUGUUGCUGUUUUAUUACGUUAGGCUUUAAACUAGAGGCGAAAAAAAAAAUCUAGCCUGAUCGUAAUACUUUUAAUCACAUUAUCACUUUAUGGAUUCCUGUAAUACUUUUAAUGCAAUGUAAAGUGUUUUGACCUACUGUGCUGCUGUAUUUAUUCUGAAAACCAUUAUUGUAUUGAUUACAAAAAUGUCUGUA